UUAUAAGCUAAGUCGAUUGACUUUAACCACCAUUCAAAAUCUGGUUUAAGCUCUAAAGGGAGAGUAACUGAAGCAGAGUAACACAAGUUAUUUUUAACCAGAGCUAAAAACUUAUGUCGCUCAAAAAGUUUGGUGUACAUCCACCCAUACUUAACUCCCUGGCAAACUGAAAUCAAGUAGCCUAUGUACUGAGCUAGAUCACGUAUUUUGCAACGUCGUUUAUUUAAGAAAUACCUAGUUCGCCUUUUUAUAAGCUCUUUUUUCUCUGCAGGUACUGAAAUUCUAAGCUGUUUAGAAUCAAGGAUGAAACCUAGAAACCUAACGUAAUUGUUAGGGGUUAAAUGACUCUUUUCAAAGUUGAUUGUAAAACCUAGGGACUGCAAGAAUUCUACUGUAAAAAUGGUGGACUUCUGACAACCUUCCAAUGUAGAAUCCACAAUUAGCAGGUCGUCUAAGUAACAUACACAUGUGAUAUUCCUGGUUCGCACCCAAUGAGUUACUGGUUUCAUCAACUUAGUAAAGACAUAAGGCGCUGAUGACAAACCAAAAGGUAAACACGUAAACUGGUACAAGACAUUGUCAUACUCAAACCUUAAAAACUUUCUAUGAUCUGGGUGGAUAUUUACGUGGAAAUAAGCAUCUUUCAGGUCAAUUAAAGUAAAAAAACAAUCCUUUUUAAUGAGUCUCAAUGCAGUGCGAAUGUCUUCCAUUUUAAAAUGAGGCACUUCUAAAUACGUAUUUAAAUACUUAAGAUUUAAAAUAAAACGUUUUUGUCCAUUUGGUUUGUCUACUAAAAAAAUAUUAGAGAUGUAUUGACCCUGGCAAGGCGAGCAUUUAGAUAUUGCUCCUUGGUUCAACAACUUGUUGAUUUCAUAUGAGAAUGCCUUCCUUUCUGCUAAAGAGAGAGCUUUAAUUUUAGGGAAAGUAAAUUGUACAGGUGAAGAAGAAAAGGGGAGGCUGUAACCCUUAAUCCAUUGAAGAAUGACCAGGUUAUCAGUUAUCUGCCACCCAUACUUGAUCAGAUGGAAGUGCAACACCAGCAGUCACUAGUACCAGUAACUGUUCUUAAAACUCGAAUUAGACGAAAAAGAUCAACACCUGCUACCUGGAAUUGUAAUAUAAAUAAAACUAAACGUUCAAAGGGAUUACCAUACCAAGGAAAAAAGAAAAUAGGGAAUACUUGGAACUACCAAAUGAACAAACCAGGAAAAUUUUUGCAAAAUCCUUGUGGGUGUACACUCGGCAAAAAAAAAUCUACUAUUCAAUGUGACAAAUUAACAGAAGAAGAACGAAUUCUCAUAUUUAGAACAUUCUGGAACAAACUAAAUUGGGCGGAACGAAAGAUGCACGUAAAGACCUUAGUCGAAGUUCACGGUGUCAAAAGAAGAAGGGGAGAGCAAGAAAUAUUAUCCAAAAGAAAUUUUUCUAUGAAAUACUUUCUAAAAUUCGACACCAAGAAAGUUAGAGUUUGCAAAAGAAUGUUUGGGGGGACAUUGGGGUUAAAGGAAACAAUGGUUUUAAAUUGGGUAAAAGAUGUGGACAAUCAGAAUGUCAAUUUUGAAUCUCCUGAAGUUAAUCCAAAAAGUGAAAUAAGAAAGAUUAAAUUUGCUGAAAAGAACGCCGGCAUUUGCGAAUUUUUAAAUAUGCUACCAAAACUCGAAAGUCACUAUUGCCGAGCAUCUUCAAAAAAACAAUACCUUGAACCUCUUUGGCGGUCACGUGCUGAGUUAUAUAAAUUUUAUAAAACUGAAUUUUGUGUCGAGCAUAAUUUGGCACCAGCAAGUACAACUCUGUUUUUUAAUAAAUUUGAGGAGCUAAACCUAUCACUCUAUAAACCAAAAAAAGAUUUGUGUGAUUCCUGUGAAGCAUUCAAAACAAAAAAUUUAUCAGAGACAGAUUAUACCUUGCACCAGACUUUAAAAAAAGAUGCGCGUCAAGAAAAAGAAAAUGACAAAACAAAGACUGAAGCUACAGUAAAUGUCUAUACAAUGGACUUGGAGUGCGUAUUAUUGUCCCCGAAAUCAACAGUAUCUUCUAUGUACUAUAAGACAAAACUUAUAGUACAUAAUUUCACCAUUUUCAACUUAAAAACCAAAGAAGGUUUCUGCUAUCUUUGGAACGAAAGUGAAGGGGGGAUAACGGCGAAUGAAUUUUCGUCAAUUCUUUCCUAUUUCGUGGAACAAGAAGUAAAAAAUAAAAAUCCAAGCGAAAUGAUUUUUUACAGCGAUGGGUGUACAGGGCAAAAUCGAAACGCCAUACUGGCCAAUGCAUUCCUAAAUGCAGCAAUUCAAAAUAAUAUUAUUAUAACACAGAAAUAUUUGCUUAAAGGACACACACAGAUGGAGGUGGAUGCAAUGCAUUCUGCCAUAGAACGUCAAAUUCGCGACCGUAAAAUAAAUCUCCCUGCAGAUUAUGUGGGCUAUUGUCAAAAGGCUAGAUCGGUUCCUUUUCCGUAUUCAGCAAAAUACAUUGAUUACUCCUUUUUUAAGAAUUUUGAAGGUUUAAAAUUUUAUUCAUCCAUACGCCCUGGAAGAACCGUUGGCGAUCCCGUUGUUACGGACCUAAAAGCCCUAAGAUAUUUGCCCAACUGUGAAAUAAUGUUUAAAUUAAGACACACAGAUACAUGGAAUGUCCUGAACCAAAGACUUAACAAAAAAAUUAUUUCAUGUAAAUUUGUGGAUUUGCCAGUCCUGUACAAUGAACGUCGAAAAAUCAAGAAAGAAAAGUACGACCACUUACAAGCUUUAAAAUCGACUAUAUUACCUGAUUAUCAUAAAUUUUACGAUGACUUGUUAUACGAGUGA